AUGGAGAGCUUCAACAUCGCCGUCAUCGGCGGUUCCGCCGUCGGCAAGUCGUCCUUUAUCCAGCGUGUCUUGGGCCUGCCGCGACCGCCCAUAUCCAAUGCCUCCACCGUUCGCUUGGUCGUCGACAAUGUCGCCCACUCUGUCACUCUUCUCGAGCUAGAUCUCGCCUCUUUCGAACUCAACUCUCCCCAGCCGAUUUCGUGGCCGAAGCAGAUCAAUGGCCAUAUUGUCCCAAAAGUGGAUGCCUCCCUCGUACUGUAUGACGUCGUCAAUCAGGAGUCUAUGCGUGGCCUCCCUCAAAUCAUCGCCGCCCUCACAAGCCCUGGCCUUCCCGCGGUCCUCGUCGCAUGCAAGUGUGACAGCCCAACGGAGGACUGGGAGGUGGACGCCGACGCAAUUGCAAAUCACAAGGUCUUCAAGCCUUGUGUAGCCAGCUAUAAAACCUUCAUGGACAAGCCCGACAUUUCUCAAGCGUGUUUACAGACUAUACUCCGGGUCGCAAUCGCCCACCGAAGAGAAACCCCAGACGAAAAUGGCGAAACGGCCCCGAGAAGACGGGCCCAAUCGGCGGUGAACCUCGAAGCCCCAGAUCCUGCCGCCGGACGACCUCUCAGCGAGCACAGCAAGCACAGUCGUGCCAGCUCCGACUUUUCCGUCCUUCGCGGGUUUGCGAAUCCACAAUCCUCGGAUAAUCAUCGCACGCAAGCUUCGAGGGGCGCAAGACCAGGCUUUCGGAUGGGAAAAUCCGGUGCCGAUUCUUUCCUCGAACUCGAAGAGUCUGAUGGAGACUCCCCUGAAUACGCCGACGACAUUCCCAUCUUGCAAAGAGGCGAUGACAUUAUCGUAGAAAGGCAGCCGAGGAUGGCGGGCGUCACGUUUGACGAACUCGUCGACCGACUGCUUGCGCUGCGGCUGUCAAGAGCAGACAACAACUUCUCCGACAUUUUUCUGUGUCUAUAUCGCAAGUUUGCCGCCCCUGGCGACCUCUUCUCGGCCAUUCUUGUCCGGCUGGACCGAGUCAGAGACGACAAGUCGGUUCACUAUCUCACGAAAACGGCAACCCAACUCAGGAUAAUUGAGGUGGUGGCGAAAUGGGUGUCGCUGUAUCCUGGUGACUUUGCUCGGCCGACAACGCGGCAGAACCUCGAGGACUUCAUCACCCACCUGUCCACCGAGCCCAUCUUCUCGAUUGCGUCGCAACAGAUGCGUCGCAACCUUCGGUUUAACGUCAUCAUAGACGACGAUACCGGCUGGGCAAAUACGGAUGAUGCCGGCGAUGAAAUAGCCAGCAAGAUUCUGUCCAAGGAGAUUGGCCAGUUGUCCGAUGGCGUCAGCACUCUCCAGUUCAGCGACGAGGCGGGUGGCAGGCGAUCGAAUAGCUCGGAAACUUCGGGGCCCGAAAGAGGGACCGAGAGCGGUAGCCAGCUCCAGUUCAACUCGCCCGACGAAUACGAGAGGGAGGCGGCGCUGCUGGAACCAAAAGAUCUCCAGCCGAUGAACAAAUUCCGCUACCACAUCUUCAUGGACAUUUCCGACGACCAUAUUGCCGACGAGCUCACCAGAAUCGACUGGAUCAUGUUUUCAUCCAUUCGGAUCCGCGAUUUCGUCCGCCACGUCAGCCUGUCCGCUGCGGAAAAGGAAAAGUGCAAAGGCCUGUGCAACAUCAAUCGCAUGAUCAAUCAUUUCAACCACAUUGCCAAGUGGGUCGCCAACAUGGUGCUGCUAAGAGACAAGCCGAAGCACCGGGCGCAGAUGCUGGAAAAGUUCAUGGACAUUGCCCUUAAACUGCGACAGUUGAAUAAUUACAAUGGUUUGGCCGCAGUGCUGGCCGGGAUCAACGGUACGGCCAUCCACAGGCUCGCUCAGACAAGAGGCUUGGUCCCCGCCGAUGUCCAGAAGCGAUUCGCGAGACUGGUCAUCCUGAUGGGGACACAGAAGAGCCAUUUCGCAUAUCGACUGGCCUGGGAGAACUCGCCGCUGCCCCGAAUUCCCUUUAUUCCCCUGCAUCGCCGCGAUCUGGUGUCGGCCGAGGAAGGGAGCAAGACGUUUGUGGGACCAAACAGGGACCGCAUCAACUGGAAGAAGUUUGAAGUAUUGGGAGAGGUCUUGUUGCCCAUGAUGAAAAGCCAGGGCACAGCAUAUCCCAACUUGGCCAAGCACGACUCUGCAAGAGACCUGAUCCUGGACUGUCGCAUGCCUACAGAUGAUGAGGAGAUCUAUCAGCGAAGUCUGCAAGUCGAGAGCCCCUCGUCGGGCCCCGUCGAGCCAAGCAAGAACAAAUUCCCCUGGUUCGCCAAGUAA